ACUCUCCGCUCCAACAUGGCCGCCCGCGGAGCGCCGGAAAUACCGCCCAGUUCCGCUUCCGGCUUCUUGGCCACGCCCACCAUGUCGAGCCCCCGCCUCCCCACCCCCCAUCCCUCGGCCACGCCCCUCCCGACCCCUGAGCGCGACAGCCGCGGCCCCGGGAGGGCUCGGCAGGGGGCGCCGCCGGGGCGGCUGCGGAGGGCGGAAGCGGCGCCGUUUCCAGGCAACGGGCUCCGUGUCGCCGGUUCCGGUGCCGACAGCGGGGCCAUGAGCGGGCGGGCGGGGCGGCGGCGGUUGGUGCUGCACGUGGAUCUGAACAACACGGUGGUGGCGGCGGACGCGGUGUCGGGGCUGGGCCCGCGGGAGGCGCUGAACAUCUUCCUCAGCACCGCCACCUGGGGCCGGGAGGGGGCUGACGGUGAAUGGCAGUGGAUGAGUGACCGCCCCUCGCUGCGAGCCCCCUGCCCCGGAGCCGUCAGCUACUACUGUCGCUAUGGCCGUGACCAGGCCUUCACCGAAUCCGGCCCCGGCCAGCGCUUCAGCAGCCUCCACAUGCAGCACCUGCGGCUGCUGGAGUGGCCGGGUGAACCCCACCGGGAGCUCUCCGUGCAGGAUGGGCACGGCAAGCACUACCACUUCAUCCUGCCCUCCUUCUUCCGCCUGCUGGAUGCCCUGCACCGGGAUGGCAGGGAUUUCACUAUUAUCUUUAGGACCUUUGGUACCGACUUGCCCCGCACGCUGUUGGCCCUGCGCUCGGCCCUGGCUGGGCAGCACCCCCAGUUCCCUGCCCUGCGGGACCUGGCGCUCCCUGUGGUCCUCACUCCUGGCCAAAUACGCUGCAGUAAGCGAGAGGUUGUGCUGAAACGAGGAGCAGAACGACUCACCACCAGGGAGGAUGGAAGAAAGCUGUACGAUUACUUCAGCUCUUUGGAGGGAAUUGGAGGCUUCCAAGACCACUUUGACUGGUGGGCCAGAAAUCAGUUCUCUUCCCAGGGUGGGAAGCCCUUGUGGAUAGAUCCCCAUGAUCCCAGCAUUCACCACAUCUUCAUUGACGACAACAUCCGGCUGGAUGAUGCAGACACCAUUGUCCACCCUCAGGUAUUUUCAGAGCGAGGCAGCAGCAACCCCAGGUAUGCUCCUACCUCAGAGCUGUAUGAUGUUUGCCUGGUGCAGACCGACCUCCUGGAAGCCAUCGCCAAUGAGGACUAUUUCCUCUGCUGCGUGAGGAGGUGUGAGGAGAACUAUGACAGUUACCUGGCCCGCAUGGAGAGCGGCUCCCUGAGCGAGCAGAGUGAUGGACAGUGAUACCACCAGGCAGGCUGGGCUGGGGCCAAGGUGCUCAGAAUGAGGAUAUCCCCCUGCUUCCUUCCUGCUGUACAAAAAGUCCUGGGUGGGUUUUGCUCUGAGCUGUCCCCUUUCCAGCAUGCAGUGUGCCCACCCUGUCCCACCGAGAACUGCCAGGCCCAAACACAAAUGUCCUGGGAGUUUGUGUGAUGGCAUCCCUUAAGGAAAUUGCUUCCCCUUCCUCAGAUGCAGUGUAGGGAGCUGGUGCCCCUCAGCAGGCAGUGCUGUGCCUUGUGCCUGCUCCUGCCCUGGGCUGGGUCUCUGUGCCCUCUGCUCCUGCAGCCACACGCAGGCAUGCCAGUGUUUGUCUCCAUUCCCACUCCCACAUCCCACAGAGGCAGCCAGCCUAGAGCUGGCACCAUGGGUACGAUGUGCUCCCUAGCAGAGCUGGUUCCAUGCCACUUCCACCUGAUUUUAAAGCGAAUCUUUCUACCUUGUUUCCGAUGCGAGUUCCCUUUCUGCCCUCACUCGGGCUGUGCAAGCAGGGGAAGCGCCUUUCCCUCCGUGUUCACUUGCUCAGAGUUUGGCAAAGCGAGGAGCAAAGGGAUAAGAAGCAUGGCAUCGGCAGGCAUCUGCCGCCGCCGAGCGACACCGACCCCGGGGGUCUCCUGCGGGCGAACCCCGGUGCUCAGGGUGGGCUCCACGCCCUGCCCUCUCGUGCCUCCACCUGGUGAUCCGCGCAGGG